CUUACACUCACUUCACUUGUUCAUCGGAGAUUCGAAGCCACACACCACACACUCUGUUUUGUUUUUGCAACAAAAAAAAACUCUGCAACCUUCAAAAAUGGCGGCAGCCACUUCCAGAACCCCAUUCUCCACCGUAUCUCCAUCUUCUUCCACUUCCUCUUCUCACUCCACCUUCCCAAACCGUAUUCUCAGAUCCACGCUCCCAUUUUCCUCCAUUCUCACCAAUAAUAAGAAGCACCAUUCCCUCAAAAUAUCAAACACCAUCUCAAACAACCCUAACGGCGUCUGCAUCGCCACCUCCGGUCCCGGCGCCACCAACCUCGUCUCCGGCCUCGCCGACGCGAUGAUGGACUCAAUCCCUAUCGUUGCCGUGACCGGCCAGGUUCCCCGCCGCAUGAUCGGAACCGACGCAUUUCAAGAAACCCCAAUCGUUGAGGUAACUCGAUCUAUCACGAAGCAUAAUUACCUUGUUCUUGAUGUUGAUGAAAUCCCUAGGAUUGUUAGAGAGGCAUUUUUUGUAGCUACUACUGGUAGACCUGGACCUGUUUUGAUUGAUGUUCCUAAAGAUGUUCAGCAACAAUUGGCGGUUCCCAAUUGGGAUUUGCCUGUUAGGGUUGCUGGUUAUGUUUCUAGGAUGCCAAAGAUUCCCAGUUUGGCGGAAUUAGAGAGCGUUGUGAGGCUAGUUUCGGAGGCGAAGAAACCGGUUUUGUAUGUUGGUGGUGGGUGUUUGAAUUGUAGUGAGGAAUUGAGAAGGUUUGUGGAGAUUACGGGUAUUCCGGUAGCGAGUACUUUGAUGGGACUUGGUGUUUACCCUGUUGGUGGUGAUGAUUCUCUUCAGAUGUUGGGGAUGCAUGGAACUGUUUAUGCUAAUUAUGCUGUUGAUAAGAGUGAUUUGUUGCUUGCAUUCGGGGUUAGGUUUGAUGAUCGUGUAACUGGGAAGCUUGAGGCUUUCGCGAGUAGGGCGAAGAUUGUGCACAUUGAUAUUGAUUCUGCUGAGAUUGGGAAGAACAAGAUCCCACACGUGUCGAUUUGCGCAGAUGUGAAAGUGGCAUUGGAAGGGAUCAAUGGGAUCUUGGAGGAAAAGGGGGUCAAUAAAAAGAAUCUUGGUCUUGAGGAUUGGAGGGAAGAGCUGAGUGUGCAGAAGCAGAAGUUCCCAUUGAGUUAUAAGACUUUUGGUGAUCUGAUUUCGCCGCAGCAUGCAAUUCAGGUUCUUGAUGAGCUCACAAAUGGGGAUGCAAUCAUUAGUACCGGUGUAGGUCAGCAUCAGAUGUGGGCAGCACAGUUUUACAAGUACAAGAGGCCGAGGCAGUGGUUGACAUCAGGGGGUCUUGGCGCUAUGGGUUUCGGCUUGCCUGCUGCAAUUGGCGCAGCUGUGGCUAACCCUGGAACUGUCGUUGUUGACAUCGAUGGGGAUGGUAGCUUCAUCAUGAAUGUACAAGAGUUGGCAACCAUAAAGGUGGAGAAUCUACCGGUUAAGAUUCUGUUGUUGAAUAAUCAGCACUUGGGUAUGGUUGUUCAGUGGGAAGACAGGUUCUACAAGUCCAAUAGAGCUCACACAUACCUCGGCAACCCUACGAAUGAGGCUGAGAUCUUUCCAAACAUGUUGAAGUUCGCCGACGGUUGUGGAAUACCAGCAGCACGUGUGACGAAGAAGGAAGAUCUUAGAGCCGCAAUCAAGAAGAUGCUGGACACGCCCGGCCCUUACCUUCUUGAUGUGAUUGUGCCUCAUCAAGAGCAUGUCUUGCCAAUGAUCCCAAGUAAUGGAUCCUUCAAUGAUGUGAUUACUGAGGGUGAUGGAAGAACGAAAUACUGAUGAAUGGUUUUGUAUUAUGGUAUGCUUAUUAUCAUAAAUCUAAGUUUUUGACAUGUUGUAAGCAUCAUAGUUUGUUGUAGUAAAACUAGUGCUUUGGUUAGCAACGUUAGUUACUUUCCUUUUCUUCAUGUAGUAGUAACCAGACAGUGGCAUGUAUUUGUUGUAUGUCAUCUUUGUUCCACUCUUGCUUUUUUGCUAUGGUGAGAGAAUGAAGUCAUAGUUAUUAGAGUAAAUAUAUUAGAAGCUUAUAUAAAAUUUCGUAUUA